AUGUUGUGCCUCCGCUGCGAAGAAGAAGUGGGUUGCGAUUCCAUCUUUGUGACCACCACCAGCCUGCGUCACGCCUCCACUGGGACAAGGAAGCGGAUCAGGUUUUCCAUCUCUGCAAUUGCGUGCCACCACCUCCGUCCAACGAUGGUGUCGGUGCUUGCGACGACAACCUUCUUCCUCACCCUCAUCUCUCUAUUCGGUUGGGCUUCUGAUAGUUUAUUGGCUCGUUAG